CAGCGUGUGAGUGAGAGAGAAGAAGUGAGGAAGAAGAAAAGAGUUGCAGAACAAUUCCAGACUCUUCCAAUUUGAUCAGGAAAUGAAAGAGAAAAACUGCACUUAUUAUCAAAACAGAUAAUCACCAUAUGUAGGAGAAUAGGAGACACAAAAAAAGGGGAAGCAGCCAAAAGUAAGGGAAAGUCAGCAGAGUGUGGGUGUGUGAGAGAGAGAGGCAGGUAAGUAAUAGAGUAGGAGUGGAGGAUGGAUGGCUGGUUGAACGAGGUGCAGCGUCGGCCCGUCCUCUAUAUAUUCUGCAGUUCACUGGCCUUCAGGCUGCUCCAAACACUGCUGAAGUUUCUGCCCAGACCCCACAUUGUUAGUCGUGAUCCAUGGAAGAGUUAUAAAUGGAAGAAUCUCUCUGUGUCACUCGUCCACUCGCUCCUGACCGGCACCUGGGCCAUUUUCUGUGUUUUUCAGUAUCCAGUGAUGGUAUAUGAGUUAUACUCGUCCUUCACUCCUGUUUCAUAUCUGCUUAUCGUCGUCUCAACAGGGUAUUUCAUCCAGGAUGCUGUAGACAUCAUCGUUAGUGGGUAUGCACGAGAGUCAUGGGAGUUUCUGCUUCAUCAUGGGGUGGUGAUAUGGACUUUCCUGUACGCUGUUCUCACGAGUCACUAUGUGGCUGGCGCUGUGGUGGCUCUGUUUGUCGAAGUGAACAGUGUAUUUCUGCAUUCACGGCUCAUGUUCAAAAUGGCAGAAGUGGCCAAAGACUCGCACCUCUACACCAUUAACAAAUUUCUCAAUGUCUCAACGUACAUCAGCUUUCGUCUGGGGGCGCAGUUCUACCUGACGUGGUAUAUACUGGUUAACUACUCUUGGUUGGAUCAUGCUGGGUAUUUCCUGGCAUCUAUGAUGCUCAUGAACAUCAUGAUCCUUGUUUAUUUCUACCGUCUACUGCGAGCAGAUUUCUUCUCAAAGCGCAGCCAAUCAAACGGCAUCCGCAAAUUCGCCCAGGACUAAAAUGCCAGAGGGGAAUAUUCAGAAUACUGAACAUCAGUCUUAAGUCACAAAGAGAACCUCUGCAUUUCACACUGGACUCUAGUUUAAGGUUUUCAGUUCACAUUGCUGACUGAUAUACAACACUCAACUGCAAACUGUAGCACCUUUUCCCUUGCAGACAAAUCACUAACGGCACAUGUGAAUUUGACACUUUUUACACAUUGUUUAUUUAAAUGUGGACUUUUCACAUGUAGAGGAUGUGUUUUUAUUUUUAUCAUCUUAAUCCUGAGUUUGAUCUUGAACUGUUUGGUGACUGUUUGGAGUUGUUCUCCACAUGCUCGUAUGCACAAAGUGCUGGUAUGUGUAUUGGCUAUGCUAAAUUGCUGCUAGGUGUUACAUGUAUGCAUGGUGCCCUGCUGCGGAUAAGCAUCCCACCCAGGGUGAAGUCCCUGACUACAUGAAAACACAUGAAAUGUGAUUUGUCUUUAAGGGAUAAACACUGUUUUAUCAAUGUAGGUCCAUUAGCUGCAACUGAAAAAUCCAGGAAAAGUGUUCUGCAAAUUCUGCAAUCCCUCAUAAAAAUAUUGAUCCAUUUUGGGUGGAAAAAAGAAAGUGUGAAAUUAAUUUGAUCUCUAAUCAGCUUUGUCAAGCAUCUAAAAAUAUUUGAAGCCAAGCUAUUCAAAAUUCAUUCAUUUUGAAUCACAUAUUUAAAGUGUUUUAAAUCUCAUCUUCAUAACAGCAGAUAUCCAGUCUGAGACCUAAGAGAUAAGAACAGUUCUGACACUGAGCAGAGAACACAUUUUAACUAUCUGCUGCCCUCCAGUGCAGCAAUUAGUGUGACGACACCACACCAGUGAACCCUCAAAAAAAUAAACACUACGUUCAUGUGCAAGAUAUAGAUAUAUAAAAACCUACAA